UGGUUGAAUGAGCAAGCCUGUUCGGUCAUUGGUAAUCUCCCCGUUUGCACACGAUGAAUAUUCAUGACUUGACAACUUUGCUGAAAGGAGAUUGGUCAUGACGUCACACGGCGAUAUUUGCAUGCAUAAUUGAGUGUACAUCUAGCAACAAUACGGAGGACGCCAUGUUCAAAUUCGGCAACAGGUGAAAUGCCCGAUCGUUCGGGAAUGCGAGAAUUGUACGUGGACGUGGGAAAACAUGACACCGUGUAAACAGAGAAGAUAGUAAAUAUUGAGCGUUCAGCUGGUUCUAUGUUUGGGAAAAUGUCAUUCUAGGGCAGAAAACAUGGAUGUAUUACAGUAUUCCGAACGGCCCAUUCAUCGAGGCGGGCAAAUGCCCGCGAAUGGACAAAAUUUCGACCCGUCUGUGGCGGCCUUGGUGUCCUCAAUGCGGCAAGAUUUGGUUCCCGAUUCCUCCAGCCCUCUUCCAAAUGGAUACUCCUCCUUUUCUCCGAAUUCCAGUCAAAUGGAUAUUUAUUCUCCAGUUUCGCAGGCAGAUUUCCGUAGUCCGGUAUCUCCAGUGGCCGGUACAGGAUAUAAAGUGCAAGAUGUUUCUUACGAUUUUGGGCUGGAAGGCGAGCCAAGCAGCCGAAAACAUUCUCCAAAUCAUGGGAGGACCAGUCCGAUGGUCAACGGCCGAGGGUUCAUGAUUACCGGGACUCCAUCGCCGAGGUCCUCCCUUGAUGGUACCCAUCAGCCCACCGGCAGCCAUCAACACCACCACCAGCGAAGUCACCCGCAUCACCAUCACUUGUCAACCAAGCAGCAGGGGGAUGGUGGGUUGAUCAACAACAACAACAACAGCUAUGUGACAUACAACGGCAGUCGUGAGUACAGCCACCAUACUCACCCAUCCAACAUGGCGCCUCAGAAUGGCUACGUGAGUCCCCCACCACAGAGCUACCAUCCUGUGACGACGUAUUACGAGGAAAUCCAAUUUGGCACGAGCGGAACAGUGGGUAGCGAUGGUGUUGUUCUUACUCCCGCACAGCUCUGCCAUAGUGCUGUAGCACAGAAUGGGGUCAGUGCACCUGAUAACGUUGGCACUACUGCAAUACAGCCCAAACCACCUUCAAGUCUGAAGCCGCGUGGUUCGCGGACGCGAAGGAGCCUUCGACGUGCAGCGGACAUGCUCUUGAACCGAAGUCGCCAGAGUCUGUCCGAUACAGAAGGCAAGGGUAGUAAAGUCAUGACUCCAGUCCCGCCACCAACGGCAUCGCCAAGAACUCGGCAUUCACCCGCUGAUAUGCCAGGCAGCGAAGACAACCGGGCGCCCUCGGUCCGCGAGAGGCUCCAGAAGAACCGUGCCCGCAUGGGUGAACUCUUACGAUCGCCGAGCCUCUCAAAGUGGCGGCGAGGGAGCAAAGAGAAUCUCGACCUUACAGACAGCCAACCCAAUACAGGGUCACCGUCGUCAAACACAACAAGUCCUGCGUACGUCCCUAACCGCAGGUACAGGAGUGCCGAGAACCUGAACACGUCGUCGUAUACGUCAUACGAGACUCCGGAUCCCUAUCUGGACAGUCGGACUGAUGGGAGCUACCUUGAUAGCUCUGAUGGUAUGUCCACAAGGUCUGUGGAAUCUACACCUUCCGAUUAUCCACUCAGACAUCAAGAAAGGAGACACUCUUCUGGACAUACUCAUCACCGGACAAGGAGUAAAGAAAACCAUAGAGGCUACCAUACUGCAGAUAGUGAUACCGAUUCAAGUUACAGUCGACAUGAUGGCAUGAAUGGCGAUUCUCAUAGCAGGUACAAUUCCAAGAGACCAAUCCCAUCUUCUUUCCGGCUCCUCUCAAAGGGGAACAGAGAUGGCCCCAUGAGGACCACGCCCAAGGGGCCCAGUGGACCCCUAAAGGCUGAUCAUAGCAUACAACCAUUUUCCAAGGAUAAAAGGUCGCCAGAUGAGGGCUCUCCACGCGAUAUUUGGGCGGAGCAGGGUGCAAGACCCAAACACCACUCAUCCACCGAAUCCCUUGAAACGGAACAGGUCACUCACAUAGUAUUCCAGGACACACCCAUUAGAAACGAUUCUGACGACAAGAACGGCUCGUCGCGUCCGACCACCCCAUCAGCGUUGCGCAAAUCAUCACGACCGCCAUCUCCGUCCAGGUCGGUGAGGUUCGACGAUGAUACCGAUGGCUCGUACGACAGCGACAGGCGAGAUCGCAAAACGCAGUCGAGGAGGAGCGAAUCUCCGUCGGGCAGGCAGCGCUCUAACCGCUCAGACUCCAGCCAACAGAAUAGAACUUCGAACGGUGGUGAAAUGCCUAUGUAUGCCACUGUGGAUAAAUCAAGGAAGUCCAGACCGACUUCUCGGCAAAGCGACGAACGGACGUCAAGGCACGAUCGUUGGACAAAUGGAGUCGAAAAGGAGGAUCCGUAUAGUCGUAUUAACGACGAUAGUUACGUGAAUCAAAAUGGACAAUUAAGAACAGAACCAGAUUACGAGGAAGUGACGUUCAGGCCAAGAUCUGAAAAUAUCGAUUCCAAGUCACAUGAUUCCAAAAGGCGGUCAGGUGACCCAAGAAGGCGGAGCUCAAGUAAAGAAUCGAGAUCAUCAAGACCCUCGACUCCUACCCACGGCGAUCCUUCCUAUGCAGCUACCGAGAGGCAGCCUUCCAAAUCCAUGGCCAGUAGGGGGCGCUCUUACUCUAAAGAAAGCCUGUCAUCAUACGGUAAUCCAUGUGUCACCGAUGCAGACGAUACCAUCGAGCACCUUGGCUCCAGUCGGCUGGAUCAUUCCUCCUUCCAAAGUGAUUAUGACAGCUACAAGAAACUUUCUGGGUCUCAACUCUCCAUCCUGUCGCGGACGUCGAUAUCGGAAAAGGUGGAGAAAACGAAGAAAAAGCUUCGACGGGCUCUCAGCUUAGACAAACUAUCGUCUUCUAAUAAGGAUAGCUACUCGUUUGAAAAACCAAAGCUCAAAAAAUCGCCGUCAUUGAGGUCUCUUACUGGUUUACUAAAGAAGAAAGAUAAAGAUAAUGAAACUGAAGGAGUAUUUACAAAAAGGCGAUCUGCCAGUGUGCUUGGCCUCGCGACCACACCCGACAGCGAGAGACACCCAAGACCGCAAAGGACAACGGAAGACACAGAUGUGACUUCACCGACCCACGGCCGGAAGAUAGGUCGGCUGCUCGACAUCAAGCCCGAUAGUACACAGAUCAUUGAACUUGUCAAGCCACCCAACGGGCCGUUUGGGUUUUACAUUGCCAAGGGAACUUCUGCAAAUGGAAAUGGUAUCUUUGUAACGAGGCUCGGUGAUGGCCAUCCAGCUAAAAUCCUGGCGGGCCUUCUUCAGGUCGGUGACGAGAUCCUUGAAAUCAACGGCCAGGACAUCAGGAGAAAGAAACUUGAUGACGUCUAUGACCUCAUGAUGGACAAUGAUUCUUUAGUGCUUCACGUACGACCUUUGAACUCAAGGUCGGAUUAUGGGUCAUGAGGUCGGUGACCCAAGAAACAAACUCCAGAUCAGGGGUCACAAGAUCAGUGGCCCAAGAAACUGUGCACUUGCAGGGUUGGAUGAAGCCAACAGCAAAGGACCAGGAACAAGCUCUGACCAAGAAGUAGACUUGCCAGUCGCAAGUUGGAAUCUGUAGGAUAUGACUGUAAUUUCUUCUGGAACGUUCCAGUUGCGACGUUCAGAGCUUACCACUGCUGCAUCGAGAGGCUGUCUAAGUGUACAUGCUGCCAUCUUGAUUAGAGAAUGGUGAUGUCUUUCAAGUCCUUCUUGAUGUGGACAUUGAUAGAAUGAGAGCAAUAAGGUUUUGAAAUAACCGGAACUCUUUUGGGACCAUCCUGAAGUGUUGGAGAUAAUAGUCGAAUAGUUGAUUCUAGCACCAUCAAGUCGGCAAAAGGGUCCAAGAUAUUGAACGUAGGGGAUAGGUCGUCUUUCCACUGAACGUGUUUCACCUGCCAUGUGCCAAAGAGAUGUCUCUUGUUUAACCCAUUGCCUAUUGGAACUGAGUGGUCCAUGUACAAAGUCUAUGAGAACCACAGAAUUCUGUAGUCAACAGGGUCAGAGAAGGGAUUGAAAGCCCUUAUGGCCUUUCCCGAUAAUUUGUUCUAUCAAGUCUAAAACAAUUUCUCAGGUUUCAGUUGUUGGAACCUGACAUGAACACUUGAAGUUAUCGUGAAUAAUCUGUAGAAAUUGAUGUAAGUACAUAGCCUCUCAUGGGCAUAUAGG